GGUUGCUCAUAUAACCCCGCGGUAGAAAGCGGGGAUCUACACGACCGUCUUUGAUCUCUUGAAUCUCAGAGAAGAAGAGUCAUGACAGACGCGCUCGGUUCUGAAGUGAGGGCUAUGAACACUUCUACCAGCACCGUUUGCGGCGAAGCCAAGGACGUCAUGCCGGAACAUGAACAUCAUUUCCCUCAGACGGAGGAAGGACGACAAGAAGUACCUAUAUAUGACUCAGGGCCGAACGCCCCCCCCUGCUCCUUUCUUGUAUCGACUUCCUUUAUAAACAGUGACGUCGAAGAAGUGCAAGUAUUAUAUGCACUUUUCAUAUUGCCAAUGCCACACUCAAUUUCACUUUCAAAACAACUGAACUCCUACUCUACCAGCAACUCAAUUUUACUUUCACUUUCUUCAUUUUAUUACGCAGUGUACUCUCGACGCAGCGGCAGCCGCAACGUCGAAAAAAAACUUGUUCGACCAUCUAGCAGACGCUGAGUAUGAGAUCUGGCAAAAGUAUUACCAUUUGCUCGGCUUGACUGAUGCGAAUGGAAAGAUUCGCUUGAAGGUACAGCCACGGACUAACUUGUAGCUCCUUCUAGUACUAGGUGUAGUUAGAGUUCUACUUCAUUCGUGGUUCUUGUUUUUCAUCUCUACUAGAAUUCUUCAUGAAGUGGAACUUAAACUACACGAGUUUGUGGCUCAUGAAUACCAUAGGUUGAUAGUCAGUGUCAGACUAACUUGUACGUACAGACUAACUUUUAGGGCCUUCUAGUAGGUGUAGUUAGAGUUCCACUUCAUGUUCAAGCAGCACUGUUCUCACUAAUUCGAAGCUUAUGCCAAUCAUACCGACCUUAGCACGACGUGUUUCAUGUCAACCCUCUGGCUUUUCAUCUCAUUCGUGGUUCUUAGAUCAUCAACUCUUUCCUUUACUUUAGUUCGUUCUUUUUAAGAGGUUGAAGGUUAGUGUCACAAAUACAAAUACUGCUACUGAUGUAGAGAAACUAGACCCACUGAUCAUCGCCAUCACUCAGGGACACAUCGGUCACAUAGUCGUAGAUGAUGAGGAGGCGCAGAGCAUUUUUCGCUUAUUGCUGUCGGUCGAAUCCGACAGCAAGGCAGUCCGGAAAGUGUGUCUCUACUUCGCUGCGCUCCCGAACAGAACGGUAACUUUUUUUUUUGCUCUUUUUGUAAAUUUUGCAUUCUUCUGAUAGAUUAACACGACGACUACUCUCUCCGCAUUUCUUAAAAUUGUCUGUCAAUGCCUUGUUUUGUACAAAUCAUCAUGACAAACAGGAUGAAGACGAUAUGAGUUUGGGCCGCUGGUUGCGCAAAACACUACCGGGAAUAUAUACGAAGAGCAAGAGUAUGGCGGAUAGAUGUCGGGUAGUCGUGGACGCAGAGCCGACCACUCUGGUACUACAAUUGUACUACUAAUAGAUGCUACGAGUCGUAACGACUACCCCCAGCUGCACUAAAAAGCACUAUAUAACUCAAUAUUCUUUUGAUGGUAGGAGCGACAGAUGGUAGGAGCGCUCGCGAGUGCGACACGUGCGAGGCGAUAGGGUCGCGCGCGAUCAAUCAUAAUGAUAAUAAUAAUUUUGAUUUUGAAGUCGAGGAAGAAAUAAUACUUGAGGAGCUGUAUAAGCAACUAGACAUCUUAAUAGGGGACUAUCAUUAUACCAGAGUAGUUUAUAGCACGCAUGGUGCAUGGAGUAGCAUGGAGUGCAUGGAGCGCAGAGCUUUAAGGGGCGCAAGAAGCUCCCCCUUUAGCUCCAUGCUACUCCAUGUGAUCCAUGCACUCCAUGCCAUGCGAGCCGUGAAACCUUAGAAAUUGCUCUGCUAUACCAGUAGCAACUAGAUGGACCUUUGAAGUACUUUCUCCGAAUUUUCAGAAGGAACGGCGACGAGGUAAUGACUUUGGCAGUGGGUACAGUGGGAUACUCAACUCGGACAGAUGCAUAGACAACUUGCUCAAGUUCAUCGAAGAUUAUGGCCAGUCACACUCACAGUCCAUCUUAUUUGCUCCACGGCGACGACCUACUACUAGGGUCCGUAUGCUUUCUUCAGAUACAGACUGAGCCAGUACUUCUAAAAGAAUUGCACGCUUUGGCAUUGUACUAGGAUCACUCUCACUCACUCUCAGAGUGACGCUCUAACAUCAGGAAGGGAAUUUCUCGGGCACUACUGGAAAGAGCUCUUCACCGCUAUACCGGAUGACUAUGGCUAUUGUCGAAGUCCAACGACAGCGAUUCUCAUGAAAGAAAGUUGAUCUUGAUUCUUCUUUUUUUCAAUUCCAGAAAAAUACAAAAAGGGACACCAGUUCAUCUUUGUCUUCGCUCAUUUCCUUGUCAACAUGUUGAUGAAUUAGCAAAAGAUGGAAAUGCUACUUACCGUGAGGCGGUCUCCGUUGCUCUGUGUAAGAAUUGCUUCAAAUAACUUGGCCAUGGAGUGUUAGACGUGAAGCACAUGACCAUACCCAAAGAAGACAACUGUACCCUCGCCACAAAAUUUGAUACGCACGCGGUAGCAGAUCUAUCUCUAACAAGGACAGGCAGACUAUGUCCGAUUCCGACGCACAAGAGCAUCAAAAGGGAGACGGGUGGUAGUAAUACCUUCCUGGUGUCGUGGGUUUGGAUUUUACUCGGUGAUAAUAGAUAUAGAUCGACAGAAAGUUCAAGACUCGAAAUUAUUUCAAUUCCACUGUACCACGAUGGAUGAGUGUGUUCUUCAUACAUGAUUGAAAUAUGAACAGGUGCGGCCAUCGUCUCCCGAAAUUAUUUACAACGACGUACAACUACUCGCAGCGCUGGCGUGGUAAGCUUAUUUUUGUGCAUGUGGUGAUACCAGCACUGCUUUCGCAAUUGGUUGGCGUACAGUCACGUGAUAACCGGAAACCGAACAACUUUGAUGAUUCUGCUCUUGAUGACCGCGAUGGUGGCUUGGGCGAACGGGGUGGAAUGGAUAGCGAGAUGCUAGGUCUUCAUGGGGCAGUAGGUGACCAGACGAGGGAGAACGAGAGUAGCAACAGAGCUGAGGAAAGUACUCGAGCACACCACAACAAACACCAUCGAGAUCAGCGUACUAAUUUAUCCUUAUUUUGGCGUCUACUCGUUCACAGUUUAUCUUGCAGUACUAGUUCUACUACGUCUACUCGCUCGCAAUUUAUCUUGCAGUACUAGUUCUAGCACUUCUACUCGUUCACAAUUUAUCUUGCAGUACUAGUUCUAGUACUUGUUCCUCAAGAUGAGGAUGCUAAAUUCUGAGGACUUGUAAAUCAGAACCAAAUUCUUGAGUAAAAUCUUAGUGCAGCGCAGUCUCCUGUCUCUAUGAAAACAGCCGCACUAUCAGACCCAGACGCUUUUCUUGAGACCGACACUAUUGAAGGCGAAGACUCUGCUGAGGCACCGAGUUUAUUGAUAUCGGUGGACCCAACUGGUGAGAUCUCGAGUUUCAUAGAAAAAGAGGGCACAUCACACGAAGCAUCUGGCGCAAGGGCGGGUCGAUUUAGUCGGGCACUUCGGCGAAAGGCGGCUAAUUUGGCGAGCGCCGCGGUUUCACUUUCAUCGCGUCGCUUCGCUUAAGCUGGUUUGAUCGUCUUGUAGUGUAUGGAUCACGAGUAGUUCUGUGCAUUCGGGGGCCGCGCAUCCUACACGCGGGCACCCAUUUACUCCCACUCGUGUCCAUUCAUGCCGGGGCCGCGCAUCCUACGCGCGGGCAUCGCAUUCGCCCACCCGUUAUUCAUCCACUCGCGUGCGAUUCUAUUCCAAUCCAUUCGAUUCUCGCCCGCACUCCCGCCCUGGUAUAGCCGUUUCAGGAAGUUUCACGGCCUCAUUGGCCUUUUCAUCACGAUGGGCAAGGCGCUCAUGCCAAAAGCAAGAACGCUGGCAUGUGUUUGGUCUCACCAUCUUCGUGCUGGUUUCUGUUUCUCGGUUGAGUAAUCUGCUAGGGCUGAUUGUCGGGCGGCGUCUGGCCAUUAUUGCUCCUUUCUAUUCUGGGCCUGGGGUGAGAAGAUCCAACUCAAGCCCACUGCCUCUCUUGCCCUUGUGUGUUUCUCUUUCUUCUCUUCUUUCGGGGAUCGCUCUUCCGAUCCCCGUUCUUCUAUUAAGGCCGCCGCUACGCCUUCUUGUCGUGUUCGCGGCGUUUGGCUUAUCUUCUUGCUAGAACACUGAAAACCUAGAAAACUAGACCCGCAGGGGAGUCAAGUUGGAAACAGUACCCCCUCACUAUGCCUGCGAAGGUUGGAGCAAGUCCGUCCAGUUUGAUGAUUCUCGUGCAGUUUCAAAGUGUGCUCGUUCAUGCCAAUGAGUAUCAAACUACUUGCGACGCUAGGGGUCUCGGUGCUGAUGUUCUCGAUUCCGAUAGUAUUCCACUCCUAUGGUGAUCAUCCUGAUGGUGAUCCCCUUGGUGUGAUCUUGUUGCUCUUCUUAUUGGUGUGAUUCUGAUCUUGUAACCAUUUGGCUCACGAUCUUGGUGGACCUCUUGACUGAGAUCCUUGAGCCGUUUCACGUUGUUGAUCUAUCCACUAUCAUUCUGCCCAACAUUCCCCCUCUCAGUGACAACGAUGAAGGCCUUUGCCCUCGUCUUGACACUGGAUAGAGAACCAACACCAAGUCAGAAACGACAACGACAGCCAACCAGCUCAAAGUCAACGCCAGAACUCACUACUAGAAAUGGCUACGGUCAUCUGAGACGCCACCCGAUUGGAUAUCAAUGGAGAUUCCACUAUCUAUGCGGACAAAAACCCCCGCAGGCACCUAGCUGCCCGCCCCCAGUGCGCUACCGAUGACGCGGCGCACGGCAUGGGAGGAGGGCACCGCUUUCCAUAGGUUCCCGCAGUCCCCUAUGGCCUUGAUACUUACCCCACAUUCCCCCUCAAGCGAUGCAGCAAUACAACGCACGCGCGUCGCGCUUCUUGUCGCUGAGCGAAAUGCCAGGCGGUGUUUGGAACACCAUCAAGGGUCUCCCCAUUGGCUUGGUAAGAGGAUCAGCUCGAUGCAAGUGAGUCGGGCAGUAGCAGACGUCCUCUGCGUGAUCCUUCACCGCGUGGGGACGCGUUUGGAAGUGCUUCGCUUUCUUGGUGGGUAGGGAGGUCCCUGCCACCAUGAUAGAAGACUGAUCUUCACAGAAAAUUUGCGGCAGCAUAGCGUUGGACGCAUGCCACUCCAUAAAGCCUUGAGACUUCACAAGUUGGAGCGUGUCGAACAGUGCUACUUAAUCGCUUUGCUUUCGCAAGUGCUAGCCGCUCUAAUGGAUUGCCUCCUGGAGCUCCAAGCAACGGGAGUACUUACCCCUAUAGUAGAGCAUACUACCCGAGCAGCUGCGCAGUGUGACUGUACGCCGCGCAUAAUCUGCGUCAGAAAAUGCCACAAAGCCUCGUAGGUCAGGCUUCUUCUGACUCUUGGGGGCUACCUCAUUUCAUAAGUCUGGAAGAAUUCUCUCUCCCGGGUUGGACUGUACUCAACCCCGCAAGGCGGUGUUUGCAGCAUUUACCGCAGCGCACGUUUUGAGGCUGUUACGACUGCCGAAGUUGGAGUCGUGAUAUGUCUCGCGACGCGGCUUACCGCAAAUAAGCAGUCUGGUCUUUCUUGUGUAGCAAUGUACUGCAAACCUCCGGCGAGGCUUCUCAGUGGGAAGCUUGAAUCUUCUGAGCCUUCAGUAAGAUCGCUAGAAACACAAGGCGACUGAAUAGCCCGACGCGCCCGGUUCUACCUUGAACUUCUCGGCUAGCUUCUUGAUGGACUGUUCUGCGUCGAGUUUCAUCCCCUUCGACUCUCUGGUGUACGAUAGUCGCACCCCCAAGAUGUCGCGGGCGUGAGUUCUCUUGUCUGCAGACCAUUCCGCGUCAAUUGCUAUACCAUCGAAGUGCGCCAGGAUUUCCUUGGUCACGUUGUCUACUUCCUCCUGUGUGUUGGCACUAACUAGGGAGUCAUCGACGUAGAUGGCUAUAGUUACACCCUUGCGCCGAAAGAGACCCACCGGGCUCGUUGGGACAUCUUUCCCAACCUGUUUUCAGUAGGAAGCUAGAGCAGCAACCGUGCCACUUUCUAGGUGCUAUCUUCAGUCCGUAUAGGCUUUUCAACAGUCUCACAACGUCCCCACGCGGGUCCGCAGACCAAUGCUCUGGAAGUCUAACGAACGCGCGCGCAUCAUCCCCCAGCCCGCUUCUAACGAAUGCGCUGGAGAUGUCAAACUGGCCUAAGGCUUUGCCAUUGGCAGCCGCAUCAACUAGCAGCACCCUGCUAGCCGCGUGCGAGGCUGUUGGUGAGAAGAUCUCGGCCUUAUUAGCUUUCGUCUGCCUAUUGCCUAAAGCAACGCCGCGAGCCUUGUAUCUACCACGUCGCUUCUUUGUGUACUAUAUGACAACAUGCGGGGCAGUCUCAUCGUCGUCCUUAAGUUCACCAUCAUGCAGAGCUCGCCAAGCAUUACAGCGAUCUAGCUGCAGCCUUUCAACUCAAGGCUGUCGGCCUCCAUGAAUUUCACAGAGUCGGGGCCUCUCGUGGCUUCUGCGCGAGUGACUUGAACAGUGAAGGACGUUGCCACUUCUUGUUCCUCAAGAUCCAACAUAGGACCCCCAAAAGCUGUAAACUAACGCACUUGCGACGUUAGCUUCUGCUGUGUCAUCCUGCGGAAGUUCUUGCUGAGUUCGUUCUUUUUCCCUUUUUCUUCUUUCGGCCAUUGGUUUCCCAGUGCGGACACUGUUCUUCUGUUAGGCCCGUAGGGUAGGACGACCUCGCCUAAGCCGUACUUUGAUCAUCGUUCCGCCACGAUUGGCCACGUAAUUCGAAGGGAUUCAGAUUGUCUUCUAUUAGAUGCGAACAAUCUUUCUGGGGAAUCCGUCGCAGGACCUCCCUGAGGCUGUUGCGCGUCGACUAGGACCUUGCCCCACGCAUGAAACUUAUUUGAAUCAGGUUGCCCUGCUCCUACGUGUUCCACUUCUUUCUCUGUUUUGCCUCUUUCGACAGGAAAUUCAGUCGACCCAUUUGGAUUCGGCUGCUGGUUGAUCGGUCCCACCGCCGGUGGCUGGCCGUCAGCUGAUGAAGACGACGAUGGACUUCCAUCAGUCGGCUGAUCACCAGGGACUGUUUGUUUCGCUGUGCCUUUGCCAGCAUCAGUCACUUUUUUUCCUGAAGAACCAUCUGUGCGUGAUGGGUUCUCCGUUUUCCUUCUCUUGGCCUCCGGGCUAUCCGCCUCCUCUGAAGUUUGCGAUCGCUCAUCGCCGCCCCCUCCGAGUGCUGCACAGAGGUCGCGACUCCUCCUUAUAACAUCGGCAGGAUCAGCUAUGCGCAGUUUCCGCUUCAUUGGCAACGGAUCACCAUCGGCCUUAAGAGAAUCUAUAUCAUCAGUGAGACAGUUCUCCAUGAACUUCACGGAAGCACUCUCGAUGACCUCAAGCCUUUCCUUACCGUUGACGUCUUUGCGCCAUACGCCAACAAGAUGCGCGGGGCUCUCUCUAGAAUACCUGAGAAAGGUCCCCUUUUCGAAUCUGUCCUCCAGCUUUGUUAGCUGCGUGUGGAUUUUGGCGUAGCACAUGCGACGCAGCCAAACCUCCUGAGAUGUUUAGGGGGCGCCUGUCUGUUGAGCCUUUGCUGAUAGGCACUUGGCUUGUCUUUCCUCCUCUGUAGACGGUUAAACACGUGCGCAAAGUAGCGCGCGCACCAGUCCCAGACGGCUGGGUCUACUCCUUGGAUAUUCGCCCGGGUGGCAUCUGCCAUCGUGCGCACACAGCGUUCGACUUUGCCACUCUGUUGAGGCUCGUAGGGGACUGAAUGCGCGGGAUGGGUAUCCAAUUCCGCACAUGUCAGCUCCCAUUUAUUGCCAGGCCCUUGCAAUGUAGGCCCAUUAUCAGUGCGAACUUUUUUGAGUUUAUUGCCCAUCUCGCGGCAGUAUUGCCUUAGAGCUGCACCACAGUCAGUGUCAGACUUUUGCGCUAUGGCAUACACUUCAACCCAAUCCGUAUGAGAGUCUAUUAUAGCAAAGGCGUGCCCUUUACCUAAGUGACUCGCUGGCAGCGGUCCCAUGGAGUCACAAUCGCCCCGAUCAUGCCAGUUCUCGACAAUGCAACCCGGAUCACGCUGGUUCUUGUGAGACUGAGACACUUGGCCAUACGUUUUAGCCUUAGCACAAUCCGGACACGGAACCACUUGGCCCCAGACGUUGAAGGGCGCGAAUCUCUGAUGCAGUCUUAGCGUGUUUUGUGGGUUUGACACACUUCCUUGAGAUAAAUGAGCUGCGCGCUGGCGCUUCUGUUUCAAAUGAAACAGCUGCCAUCGGCGCUCCGUUCUGGAGCUCAGCAAACAGUGUGCCUUUCGCCCGACGGAUCGUAGACAGUCCGUAAGUUCUUUGCGUAACGAACCUCCCGCCUGCGUGAGCUCUUCCACAGAGAUGAGCUGCUGACGCAAGUUAGGACGAUAGGGCCCCAUCGCCAAACCUAAGCUAUUAGCCUUAAAGUACCCAGCUCGGGCCUUUGUUUUACAAGGGCCAUCAGCUGUGCUCAGGGGAAGCGUCACACCUGUGAACUUCUUGAGCGCAGAUCUGUCACCUGUCACGUGAUGGGAUGCCCCUGCGUCAGCAAUCCACUUGGACUGCCUGCCCCCCUCUGAAGGGUUGCCCACUUUGUUACUUGCACUAGCGCCAGCAUUCCCGAGGGCUUGCUUGUGGCGCAGUGUCGUGCGCGCUUGCCCACCUACAAUCAAAUGCAGGAUUUGCCUGCGCCCCGGCGCUGUUCUUCCAGCUCUUACUUUUGUUUGCCGAAACUACUGCGGCCGACGAAGAUGAACUACUUGAACUGGUACCCGUGUACAAGUCCGACUUUGUCCUUCCUGACUCACGUGAGGCCGGUGAUUUAUGUUGUCUUGGGCUUGUUCCAGGGUCGUUUUGUUUGGACAAGAUUGCCCCCGCAAAGGUGUCCGCAACCGACUCACAUGAGACCGAUCGGCACUCAUCCAAAGCCCGAGAAUACGACUCGGAAACCGACGAGGAAUCACUUGGUUCGCCCUUUUCUUGUUCUGUCGCUCUGGUUUGCUGUUGCCCGUUGAACACAUGCCCAAGAGGCUGAAAAUUUGACGCAUUACCUAGUACGCCCGCGGGAAAUACCUCAGCACCAGCCACAGUCGAACGGUACAAAGUAGGUCCAGCAGGGACAGACGCCUCGGCGUCGCCUGUAGUGUCCGCCAUUGAAGAUGUGUGCUCUUCUUCUUCGUUGGGAAGUAGGUGAGUAACCUUCUUGCCCUCCUUUUCUUUGUUGUAAAGCUCCGCCCCCUCGUCCUCCAGAACCUUCGCGCGCAUCUUCUCGGUCUCCUCAGACUUGGACUUUAUGUGAGCCAAGUCACCCGGCGAACAAGCAAGAACGCGCUUCAGCUCUUGAAUCUUGGUAGGGUCUUCACUUUGUUCUUCAGCGUAGGGAGUCGCGUCGGCGUCUUCCUGAUGGUCUCCGGCCUGAACGGAGUCGACAUCGCCGACAAUGACUGAAUUGCUUUCAGCUUUCUUCUUGUUUAGUUUGUCCCGCAAGCUCUUGGGAGCUUUGCUGGGAUCUUUUGCACAGCGCCCAGACUCAAGAUGUCCGGGCUUGUUGCAGUGUGAGCGCCACUUCUCAUCUUUCUUCGCCUUUUUCUUGUGCGGGUCUUUGCCCUUUCCUUUUCCUUUACCCUUGUGGGCAAGUUUAUCCUUCAAGGAUUGGACUUGUUUCUUCAGGCUUACUACAACUGCAUGCGCAGCAGCGUCCUGCUCGUGGUCACCUCCUUUGAGGUCCUGCAGAGCCGCGAACUCGCGCAAAGCAGGUUUGAUGACAUCAGGCGACGUCUCUUGGCGUGCCAACAUGGAAGACGAUACUACGUCGAACUUCUUAUCGGCGCCAAUGAGGACGCACGCGGCGGGGAACUCUUUAGCGUCAGUUUUAUUCUGCAGAGUUUCAGCCAUGGCGACCUCUUUUCCUUCGAUCCAGCUGAUGACGCCCGUACCCGAAGGCCGAGGAUCCGUCGCCAGCCUGUACCCGGAGAAACGCGCGCUGGCUUCUUGACUUGCGUACUUUUGACACAAGGAAGCCAGGAUCGAAAGAACGCGCUGAGAGGGGGCCACUUUAGCCACAGCCAAAGCCGGCGAGCCACCCGGCAGAGUGUUCAGAGCAACAGUCUUGACCUUCUUUAGAUGCUUACCCGCGGCUUGUACUGCAUCCAGUGCAAGCACCUCCUCGGCUUUCUUCUUCUUCUUUUCCAGAAUGUCCUUAAGGUGGACGCCCGUGCUUGCUUCUUCCAGCAGAGAAUAGACCUUGUAGAGCCAAUCUCUGAAGCGAGGCACGUCCUUACUACUGCCCGAGAAUUCCUCGAGGCGAGUAGUGUUCUUAUCUUCGGUGCCCAUUUUGAAUCUACAAAAGAGCGGCGAAGAGUUUAACUAUUCAGGCUAUGCAAAUGCAAACCGGUGAGGCUAUAAAAGAGCUUUUUUCAUGUUUUUCCCUGAAGCUAAAGCCCUCUAAGGUAUAGAAUGUUAGAACACUGAAAACCUAGAAAACUAGACCCGCAGGGGAGUCAAGUUGGAAACAGUACCCCCUUCGCUAUACCUGCGAAGGUUGGAGCAAGUCGAUUCAGUUUGAUGAUUCUCAUGCAGUUCCAAAGUGUGCUUGUUCAUGUCAAUGGGUAUCAAGCUACUUGCUACGCUAGAGGUCUCGGCGCUGAUGUUCUCGAUUCCGAUAGUAUUCCACUCUUAUGGUGAUCAUCCUGAUGGUGAUCCCCUUGGUGUGAUCUUGUUGAUCUUCCUACUGGUGUGAUUCUGAUCCUGUAACCAUUUGGCUCACGAUCUUGGUGGACCUCUUGACUGAGAUCCUUGAGCCGUUUCACGUUGUUGAUCUAUCCACUAUCAUUCUGCCCAACGCUUCUUCUUGCUGUUCGGAUCGCUUCCUUUUCCGAUCCUCACUGGUUUUUGUUUUUCUUGCCAGCUCUUCAGUUGCAUUGUCAACUUCUGGCUUUUUCAUGGGUUUGUGAUCGGUUUUUCUGCGGCCCCGAUCAACAGACGCUCCUUCUCUUCUUGGUCCUUUGGCCGCGCUUCCGGCUUUUGUCCUUGCUUUGGGACUGCAGAUCGCCCUUCCGAUCUUCAGCUUCCUUUCUUUUUCCUUUUCUUUCGUUUCGGUCCGCUAGCGGAUCCUUGCGUGAUGGCUGGCGUCUUUCUCGUUUGUUGCUUCUUGCGCUUCAAGCGCCGCUUUGGGGGUUCUUUUCCCGCCUGUGUGUGCCCUUGUGUCUGCCUUAGAAGGUGCGUCGCUUUGCCAAUAUCUCCCCCAUAGCUGGUCUUGAAGCGCUGGCUUUUUUUCGUUGAGUAAAGUUGGUUUUCCGGAGACAACGCGAGAAUUUGACCUACAGCAUCACUAUCUGCUUCGCUACUUUCCCCACCUCGUUCAAUGAGUGGCGAUUUCCAUUCAGCCGCUCACCUUCACGCCCUGUUCUCCCAGUUCACUCUUUUUAGCACCGUUUUACUCGUGCUUCCAUUCGCAUUCGUGUCCUCGUUUCACACUCGCCCACGCAGCCCCCUGCAUUCGUUGUUCCCAGGCCUUUCUCGUGUCUCGUGCUGCAUAAGUCAGCACAAUUUGCGCGAUUGCUUGGGGCUAGUCCUAGUGGGCUAGCGUGGAUCGUUGGUCGCCAGGCAGCACUACACUUUCUGUUCCCUCUCAUAUUCCUAGUAACGAACAUCAAGGACAACAACAACAACAACAACAACAACAUCAACAACAACAACAAAGUGGGCCGCUAUUGAUGCACAAGAUACCACUCGGAUUCGGAGAAAAAGCAAAUCAGUGUUACAUAUCAUUCGUGCCUCCUGAGAUACUGUUGAGAACAAUGGACGAGGGUACACAUGCGCAGCCGGGUCAGGAAACACAACAAGUGCCACUACAAGAUGUGAAAUUCAAUGUGCAGGUGGUCGACAAACGGGUAUGAGUCCAUUGAUUAAGAGUUAGGUCAUGAGAGUGUCAGCUGAAGUAUAAUUUGUUUCAACCAACGGGAACUGCGUGUUAAGGCGAUCAUUGAGGAAGAACCACGCACGACAACCUCAUACCAACCCUCUUAAUCAGUUGCACCGUAGUUCUUUCACACAACGAAAUGGCAGAGUUGCAGCCUCCCCAUCCGACCGACUGGCAGAUAAGUGAGGAGACAAGGAACUUGCCUGAUCUGCUCUACUAUAUCAGUUUCGUACCAACAUCUCCUCCUGAGAAUGCAGAAUUGGCCAGUCAUCCUAGUGCCGUGGAGGCGGUGGACGAUCAACCUGACUCGGAACCUCCACCUUCUGGUCAACCUGAGCCAUACCCUGAACCUGUGACUGCAAUAUCAGAACUGAGCACACACGGUGGACAAGUCGAUCUUCUGGAUUUAGCGAUGAUCGGGCAAAUGUGCCGUAACGAAUACGAUGUCAACGCUGAAGCCAACCGAGGAGUACUACAACUUCAGGAACUUGCGAGUAAUUUCUUCGGCGAGGAAACACAUCAAGAACAACAUAGUGGACAGGAGCUUGCUGCUGUUUUCCAAGAUGAGAUUCGUGGUCUUAAGGGUAAACAGCCACGCGAAGUCGUACUACAGCACUGGGAGGCACGGGUGAGCAUGUUUAAUCGCCGGGAGACUAGCAGGAGCCAGGAGACACCCGAAAAAAGCCAAGAGCAGACUGUGAAAGAGGUGCAAGAGUACCUCAAGAAAAUCGUGGGGGGAACGGAAGAUGUGACAACAUUCAAGAGCCGUGUUCUCACCAUAGAAUGUGCAACUCCAUCACUUAAGGCAACGGGCAAGAACGAGGUUUUUAGAAAGAUUGAUAUUUUCUUUCAGUUCGUCAACGGUGCGACUACGGAGGAAUUGAGAAAUAAUCUAAGUGGGUUCCAGUAUGAGGCUUUAAAGUAUAAAGUGAUUCCAGGACCAGCAACGCAAGAUCCUCUGUGAUGCAAGUUAGGUCUCUUUUUCUGUAUAGGGAGUAUGAGCAAGGAAACCAAAAUAUCAAUUUGAAGGACGGAAUAUUAAAACAAGAAAAAGUGCAGAAGAAGAAGAAGAAGAAGUACUACAAGCUUCCCUUAUUGCAGCAUGUAUUUGUCUCCUGCUUUUUCCUGCC